AUGAAAUGUGAGAAUUGCAAGGAAGUAGCAGACGAGUAUAUAGAGUGUGAGAUAUUGAUUAUUUUCAUCGACUUGAUUCUUCACAAAUCAAAGGCAUAUAGACACUUACUCUACAAUGUUGCUUAUCAAGAAACUAUAAAUUUUCAGUAUCUUUUGUGGAAAUUGGUCAUGGCUUAUCUUCUUCUAGAUACUUAUCGAAGCUUGCUACUGCGAAGAACGAAUGACGAAUCAAGUGUGUCGAUGAGCUUCGUUCAUGAAUCUCUAGAGGUUCUGGUCAAUGUACUAUCUGCGAAUUUCGCGUUUGUUUUAUCAUUCGCAUUCGCGACUAAGUUUAUGUCAAUCGGCGCUUCCAGAAAAGAGAUUCUUUUGGGGAUCUUAAUCUCGAGUUACGUCAAGAUCUUUCUAUUUGCUCUGCCGGUCUGGGAAUUACCGAUUUCUGUGGUUUUCAUCGUAGAUAUGCUCGUCUUAACAUCGAAUACAGUCGCUCUUAAAGGUCAGAUCUUUGAAUUCUGCGUUGCCUCGUAG